AUCUUCUUCCUCUCCUAUUUUAGCCGAGGGCAAUGGCAGGAUUGCACGAUCCCAGAGAGGUUCUACGGCUCUGAACUUUCUCAUUCCUCCAACGGAAAGCUCACAAUUCCAAAAGUUUUUACUUGCAAUUUGGUCUCCCACAAGGACAGCUUUUAAUUAAAAGAAACAUGAUGUCUGUUCCCGCCUCACAAACUUGCAUUUCCGCCGUCAAUGGCGCCGCCAUUGCCGCCAUGCAACAGGGAAAGUAUGCUCACUCGACCAUGGCACUCAAGAGGGCCUUGGCUGUGCUCAAGGCAUCGCUCAACGCAGACAACGCUAACGAGUUUGCCACAUCCGCUGUCAAGCCAGAAGAUCAGGGGCUCUUGUGGUCCGUGGCCUGUGCCAACCCAGACACAACCGCUGCCAUUGUGGGAUCCUCCAACAACUUUGAAGUCUUUCAAAGUGCCUUUCAUCUACCUGACGACCGUUGGUGUUCCGCCAACAAGACCAGGGCAUCUGUGAUUAUCCUGUAUAACAUGGGCUUGUCGUACCACCUGAGUGGGCUCUCCCGGGGAUCUUCCAAGGAACUCUCCAUGGCACGGGAUCUCUACAAGAUGGCCCUGACCAUAGUGGAGACUUCACUCGCUCAAGUCCACACGGACCGCCUAUUGCUCCUGCAGUUGUUGGCACUCUUCAAUAACCUCGGACACAUUCAUUCCUACUGCUAUGAAGAGUCUGAUACCAAGCAAUGCAUGACCGCCAUCAAGGCACUCUUGGCUAGCAGAGCCUACUACCAUGCCAAGUGCGAGGACGCCACUGAAGCCUUUGCCUUUUUUGAAUGGAGCACACUGUCCAUUACCUCUCCCGAGAACAUCUUUACCUUUGCACCGGCUGCCUAAGACCGUGCCAUCAUUCUCUUCCCUCCCGCAUCCACUGUAUACAUCCUACUAUCCUUCUCCCUACUACUGCACAAAACUAACAUUGCAUGCUGCCAGCCAUACUGUACCUAAACUGCUAAAAAUACCAGCCGUCGGUCCCGACCUCAUAAUCCUAACUUGCACAACUACGCUGCAUGAGAUCUCACUACUCUAUUACUACAUAAAAAGUAACCACACCUCUAUCAGAUUCGAUUGGAUUCUUCAAAUAAUAAAUCAAAGUCUCUUGUUACCUGACUGUAGUUAGUUGUUCAGACU